AAAAUAAAAAAGUGAAGGACAAAAAAUAUUAGAGAAAAACAUUAGUGACACGUAGAGUCAUAUGUAAUUUGGCGGUUGAAACAUGAAGCUGAGACUCUAACCAACUACAGCCUCUCAUUCCCACACCAAAAGAUAAUAACACUCAAAUUCCAAACCAAAAGAAGAAGAAAACCAAAGUAAUUUCACGGGAAACGCAGAGAAAUUUACAAAAAAAUGAAAGCAAUAUCACCACCAUCAACGGCGGCUAUAAUCAUCCAUUCCCAUCAUCACUACCUAAAUCACCGUCGUUGGUUUUUAUCUCCGCCGCCUCCAUCAAACCGGCAGUUCCACCCCGCAGCGUCAAUCACCCGACCCCAUAGUCUUAAACUUACUUUCAUAACAAAAGCGGCCGAUUCAACUUCUCAGCCUAAUUCAGCAAAAACCAUUGUCGCUGAUGAUGGAUUCUCAUUGUCCAAGCUUUCAUUUGGUGUUGUUGGACUCGGUUUUGGAAUUUCGCUCCUCUCGUAUGGUUUUGGGGCAUACUUCAACAUUCUUCCGGGAUCCGAAUGGUCCGCGAUAAUGCUGACUUACGGCUUCCCUCUUGCAAUAAUCGGAAUGGCCCUCAAGUACGCAGAACUGAAACCGGUGCCUUGCUUGACUUAUUCGGAUGCUCAAAUGUUGAGGGAAACCGCUGCCACUCCUAUCCUUAAGCAGGUAAGGAAUGAUGUUACGAGAUAUCGCUACGGGGAUGAACAGCAUUUGGAUGAGGCAUUGAAACGGAUUUUCCAGUUUGGUCUGGGCGGAGGAAUUCCAAGGAGAAAUGCACCUAUUCUUCAAAUGAUCCGGGAAGAAGUCACAGAAGAUGGUAAAUAUUGUUUAGUCCUGGUGUUUGAGGCUAAAGCUUUGGAGUUGUCGGAUUUCGAAAAGAGACAGGCAAAAUUUGCUUCGUUCUUUGGACCAGGGAUCUCUGCUGAAGUAGGUGCGUUUUCACUUUUCUACUCCAUAGAAAUUGCCUGUGUAGGUAUAUACAUAUAAAAUGCUAUAAAUAACAUUUUAUAGUAUUAAAAUUUUAAUUAUCCAACCAUUGGAUUUAGUAAUAUAUUUGCAUUCAUCGUGCAUGUCAAUUUUGAAUUGAAUCUGAUAUUUUUUUAUAUAAUUGAGAAUAUUAUAUUUAUCAAUAUAUAUUUAUUAGUUGAAAGUUUUUAUCUUAAAUCAUUUUUAAUUUAUUUAAAAUUUGAUGUGUGUGAUCUACAUGAAUAGAAUAUAAAAUAUGAUGGUGAAAUUAAUUUUACGCUUACAUAACUUUUUAUAUGAUUUAUAUUUUAUCGACCCGACCUUCAUAUUUAUAUUUUUUCACUUAAAUUAUGUCAAAUUUUCAAUAAUUUAAAAUAUUUUUCAGAUACAAACCACUUUCAACCAUUAAAAAUACUAAAAACAAUAAUUAUGUAAAAUUUGUUUAAUAUUUUUUUUAUGGCUCAGGAAGGAGAGAAUAACCUAUAUGAAGUUAGACUUAUUUCAAAUUCCACCUACAAUGCUUCAUCAAGUACAUCAUGAUUUCUUCUUUUGCUUGUGAAAUUUUGUAUUUUAUAUAUAUAUAUAUAUAUAUAUAUAUAUAUAUAUGUAUGUAUAUAUUAAUUUGCAUACGUUUUAUAUUGACAUUAAAGUUACAAGGAAAAGAAAAAGAAAAUUUAGAACAA